AUCUCUCUCGUUUGCUCUAAUCGCUGCUUCCGAUGUCCUCACAACCACCAAAGCGACCACGCUCCUCAGACGUACAGCUCCCAAGCCCAAAAAGAUCACGCAUAGUACCAUAUACACGUCCAAAGCAGUCCACAAAUCAAGGCUUCCUCAGCAGGACUUUCGGGGUCAUGUCAAACUUGUUGGGUUGGGGAACACCACGAGAACAAGAAUCAAAUUCCAGCGAUGACGGACAAUCCUCUUCUCAUUCACGCGCCUCUUCUCCAGACCCGUUAGAUUCAAUACCAAGAGGUUCCUCCCACGAUCCACCAUCACCACCUCCUCCAGCGGAAACCCGCCGUCCCCCUAUACGGCCUAACCGGGAUGCUUAUUCUUCCCAAGCAUCGCCAUUUACUUGGUCGGCAACGAUAGAUGGUCAGAGACGGCCUUUAUGGGUGGAUAGGGAUACGGACACGGAAGACAGAGCGAGUCAGAGAGUGAUUUCCAUGUUCUCAGGGAACGUAGGUGCUUUAAAUCGGAGGAGAACGCUUAGAAAAGUCGAUGAUAGGCUAGCGGGUAUACGGACGGUUCUGCGCAACGAUCAAGCCACCAAGUCAUUUGACGAAGUUGUACAAUCAAAACCGCAGCAAGAGGUUUACAAACCUAAACAAAAACGGGAAAUAGGCGUCAAAGCCCAAGAGCAAGCCUCCAAGUCAUCCAGUUUUGAAUUCGUCUCCAUUCUCAAGAACCUCAAAGCACUGCAGCUCGCCAAAGAAAAGGCCCUCAAACCUUCCGUGCCAUCCAAACUGUCUCCUCAACAAGAAUCCAAAGUUGACGCACACCUUCGAAAUCCCAAAUUCAAAGUCACUCUCAACGUCUCUGAAGUGGAAGCUGGAAGUCUCAGGAGGCUCAAGCCUAGUACGUGGUUGGAUGAUGAGGUGAUGAACGCGUACUGCGAUUUGAUGUGUAGUCGGUUCAAGGAUGGGAAGGCGGGGAGAAAAGUUCAUUCUUUGAAUUCCUUUUUCUAUGGCAAGCUUGUGGAUCAGGGGUACGCCGCUGGACGGUUGAAGCGAUGGACUAAAAAAAUCGAUAUCUUCUCGCUCGAUGUUCUCAUCUUCCCUAUCAACCAAGGUAACAUGCACUGGACCGCAUGUGCCAUUAAUUUUGCCAAGAAACGGAUAGAGUACUACGACUCGAUGGGAGAUUAUGGGAAUGCGAGGAAACAAGUGUUUAGAAAAGUGAGAGGAUAUGUGGAGGCUGAACACAAGGAAAAGAAAGGAAGGGCAAUGGAUUGGGAAGGAUGGCAUGAUUACUUCAACAAGAACACACCACAACAGAAUAACGGUUCAGACUGUGGCGUCUUUUCAUGCCAAACAUUAGAGAUGAUCACUCGCGGUCGGGAUAUUGUCACCCAGGGUUUCGAGUUUACUGCGAAGGACAUGCCGUUCAUGAGGAGAAUGAUGAUUUAUGAGAUUGGGGAAGGCAAAUUAGAGAAGAGGACCUGGGGUUCGCCUGCGUUAUAGGUUGAAGACCGUGGUGUUCAAAGGGUGUCAGUUUCACAAUUAGGUGUCUGGAAAAUGUGUAUUAUCCCUAGGGACCUGUAUUUGUAUGACUUAUUAUGGACUUCUUUAAUCGCACGACAGUCCAACUGUGUUGAUUGUAAAGCUCCAUUUUUUUGCUCUUCAAAAGGUCACCUUUAGCCAGACACUCAAGAGGAGACUUACGUGCGACUGAUGUAUGCUCUGCUAAGCCC